GGUUGGUUUCUUCCAAAAAGUAAAACAUAAAGGAAACAAAGGGUAAUACCAUUAACCCUCUUUCUUCCUUUCCCCUUUCUCUGCACCCACACACUCACUUCACACAGCACCACACAAAACCUCACUCUCUCUCUUUCUCUCACACACACCCGUUAGGGUUUCCUUCAAUCGAAUCUCGAUUUGCCAACCUCAUCCCGCAAUUCUCCAUGGAGGGUUCUGUGAUUGAAGAGAAUAAUGAUAAUACUAAGUCUGAGGCGCAUUUGACUUCUGCUGCUGCUUUUGUGGAGGGUGGAAUUCAGGAUGCUUGUGAUGAUGCUUGCAGCAUAUGCCUUGAGGCCUUUUGUGAUAGUGAUCCUUCCACGGUGACAAGUUGCAAGCAUGAGUUUCAUCUUCAGUGUAUUCUGGAAUGGUGUCAGAGAAGCUCCCAGUGCCCCAUGUGUUGGCAACCUAUCAGUCUCAAAGAUCCAACAAGUCAAGACUUGCUUGAGGCGGUGGAAAGAGAGAGGAACUUUAGGUUCAAUCCAGCUAGAAAUGCCACAAUAUUUCAUCAUCCAACUCUAGGGGAUUUUGAGUUACAACAUUUGCCAGUUGGAGCUAAUGAUGCUGAUCUUGAAGAGCGUAUAAUCCAACACUUGGCUGCUGCAGCAGCGAUGGGACGGGCACGCCACAUUGCUAGAAGGGAAGGCCAAAGAAACAGGUCAUCAGCUCAAGGUCGUCCUCAUUUUUUGGUUUUUUCAACUCAUCCUAAUUCACCUCCCAUGGCUCCUACUUCAUCCUCUCCUACUCAUAGGGGGGAUGAUGAACCAACUCCUGCAAUUGCUGUUGGCAAUCCAUCUCCAAUUCUUACUACUGGAGAAGAAUCAUCACAGCUGACUUUAGUUCCUUCUGUUCAAGUGGACCAAGUUUCUGCUUCAGGAUCUGGAUCUACUGCUCUUGCUACAGAUAAUCAGGGAUCAUCUUACAACAAUAGGAGAUCUCCUAAUCAGUCAUCUCCCAGUAGUCAAGAUAGAGCAGGGCCAUCAGAAUUCCAGUCUUUUUCAGAAUCACUGAAAUCUAAACUGAAUGCUGUGUCAACAAGAUACAAGGAGUCAAUUUCCAAGAGCACAAGAGGGUGGAAGGAGAGAUGGUUCUCUCGUAACACCUCUAUGUCUGAUAUUGGAUCCGAAGUUAGGCCAGAAGUUAAUGCAGGGAUUGCAACCGCAACGCGCAUGAUGGAACACCUGGAGACUGGAGACAGGAAUAGAAGCAAUAGCAAUUCUACUCCCAAUAAUUUAGAGGAUGGUUCAGUUCAGGGAUCUAAUGAUCAUCCUUUGGCAGGCACUGAAGGGGAUGGUAUUUUGAAAGACAACAACACAAAAAGUUCUUGUGCUGCAGGCUCCAGUUCAAAUUAAGCAUAUAGAAGGAAUUGCAUGAACUCUGAUAUUUGUUUUGUUCAAAAGGUAGAAAUAGAAUUUCCCAUUGUGGGAUAUAAAAUUCCAUGGAUGUGAUGCAUUGCCUAUUGGCUGGCGCAGGCCAGGCAAGUGAUAAUCCAUUGGCCUGCAGAAGGAUGACCAACAAUUGUGAUGUUGGAAAUAAAGAACUUAAAAGACAGCGGUGGACUCUCUUGUUUGAAACUUAGGAACCUAUAUAUGAUUGUAUAUUCACCUUGUAAACUUAUUUAUAGAUAUUCCUCAGAUAAUCUUACAUGCACUACUGUGUUUCUUUCUUCUACUUCUAGAGAAAAAUCACCGUAUUUAAACUUAUUACAAUUAAUAAGGGAACAAAGUCAUUCGC